AUGACUGUAUCUGAGAUGUCGUGGCAUUCCUCUUUCCGCUGUUCUAAGUUUCGUCACAUAUUCGGAAAGUCAGCCACCAAAGAUCACUGCUACGAUGGGGUGCCAAUCACACGCAGUGUCCAUGAUAACCAUUACUGCUCAGCCAAUCCCUGCUUCAUCGCCGUGGUGACAGAGUGUGCUGGGGGCGGGUCCUUCUUGGUUUUGCCUAUUCAUCAUACAGGCAAGGUGGACCCACAGCACCCAAGGGUGUGUGGUCACAGUGGCAGGGUCCUGGAUGUUAAAUGGAACCCCUUUGAUGAUCACUGCAUCGCCUCGUGCUCUGAGGACUGCACAGUGAAGAUCUGGGACAUUCCUGUUUGCGGUGUCCAGCAGAACCUCACCCAGGCCAGAAAGACUCUGAUUGGUCACUCCAGGAGAGUGGCGCUUAUCGAGUGGCAUCCAACUGCCGAGAACCUCCUGCUUAGCUCCGCCUAUGACUACAAGGUCCUCCUCUGGGACACAUCUCAGGCAGGUAUGGUGCUCAGAUACCCAGUCCGUGUGAUUCUAAUGCCCAUCGACCAUCUUUACCCGUCUGAGGCACUGCUGCUGUCGGUCAACUUCAACAGUGAUGGCAGCAGGCUUGCAGUCACAUCCAAAGACAGACGGGUUCGAAUCAUGGACCCACGAACAGGAAAGAUCUUACAGGUGUCCAGUUAUAAAUCCCACAGAGCCAAUAAAGUUAUAUACAUCGGUGGGUUAAAGAUGCUUCUGUCCACAGGCAGCUCACCCUGGAACCACCGACAGAUUGUCCUCUGGGACCCUGACAACUUAUCUGAACCUCUGUAUGAAGAAGAUCUGGACGGGUCUGCAGGAGUCCUCUUCCCAUUCUAUGACCCAGACACACACAUGCUCUACCUGGCUGGAAAGGGAGACGGGAACAUCAGGUACUACGAGGUGAGCGCUGAGAAACCUUACAUCAGCUUUCUGACUGAGUUCAGGUCACAGCUGCCACAAAAAGGACUUGGGGUGAUGCCAAAGCGUGGUUUGGAUGUGAAUGCCUGUGAGGUUUUCAGAUUUUAUCGCCUCAUCACCAUCAAAGACAUGGUGGAGCCACUGUCCAUAAUUGUGCCACGAAAAGAGCUGGGUAUUUUUCAGGAGGAUUUGUACCCAAUGACGGCAGGAAAUCAGGCAGCCUUAACGGCUGAGGAGUGGCUGUCAGGGGUCAACAGAGGUCCUGUGUUGAUGUCCCUGAAACCUGGGAUGCAUGUGGCCAACCCUUACCCAGAAAAUCCUGCUGAGAAGGGCUUAGUGAGACAGCUGAGCUCCUUGCAAAUCCAGAUGGGUCCAGAUGUUGGUGUACUCCCUGGAUCAGACCUGGACUUAAUGGAGGAGCCCUGCAAUGAGCAGGCGACAUGCCCAGAGUGUACCCCACCUUCGUCCAUAAUUAACUGGGAUAGGCUCCAGUGA